AUGUACCUCUCGGCUCUACGAAGGAACCUUGCAAGUCGAUUUCGAUUUCCAUCGUCCAGGAGUCUUAGUGGGACUGCAAUAGCUCAUAAUAACCCCACCACGUUAGUCCCACAAAAUCGGAUUCCCAUACUUGAUAAGGAUACUUAUCUCAAAUCGAUUCACGAAAGAAUAGAAAAAAUACCUCUAGAAAACUAUAGAAACUUCAGCAUUGUUGCACAUGUCGAUCAUGGCAAAUCAACCCUUUCAGAUAGACUAUUGGAGCUUACAGGGGUCAUUGAGCCGGGCUCUAACAAGCAGGUUCUUGAUAAGCUAGAUGUGGAAAGAGAACGAGGCAUCACCGUGAAAGCCCAGACAUGUAUGAUGUUCUACCAGGACCCAGAAACGAAAGAGGACUAUUUAUUACAUUUGGUGGACACACCAGGGCACGUCGAUUUUCGUGCUGAAGUGUCACGUUCUUAUGCCUCCUGUGGAGGUGCUCUCCUUAUCGUGGAUGCGUCGCAAGGUGUUCAAGCACAAACCGUGGCAAACUUCUACUUGGCAUACAGCAUGAAUCUUAAGUUGAUCCCAGUCAUUAAUAAAAUUGAUCUUGAUGCUGCUGAUAUCCCUCGCGCCAUGGACCAAGUGGAGCAAACAUUUGAAUUGCCAAGGGAGGAUUGUAUACCUGUGAGCGCCAAAACGGGGCUUCACGUGGAGCAAGUGCUUUUAAGCAUCGUCAAAAACAUACCGCCUCCUGAUGGCAACCCCAAAGGCAAGUUUCGUGGGCUCCUCGUGGACUCUUGGCACGAUCCUUACUUAGGUGUCGUGAUGCUCAUGUAUAUUAAGGACGGGAUGAUCAAAAAAGGCAUGAAGCUUCUCUCUGCACACACAAACAAGAAGUAUGAUGUGAAGGAGGUCGGUGUGAUGUAUCCUGAGAAGCUUCCCAUGAGCCAUGUCAAAGCUGGUCAAGUAGCCUAUGUUAUCCCCGGCAUGCGCAACCCGAGAGAAGCUAUGGUUGGUGAUACAUUUUUCCAGAAUGGUAAUAAUGCUGGUCUUGAGCCACUACCAGGUUUUGAGGAGCCAAAACCUAUGGUUUUUGUAGGAGCGUUUCCCGCUGAUGGGGGUGAGUUUAAGCAAAUGAACGAUCAUAUGGAGCACCUCGUUCUUAAUGACAGAUCAGUGACCCUACAGAAGGAGACUUCCAACGCGUUAGGGCUUGGAUGGAGACUUGGGUUUUUAGGCUCACUUCACGCUUCCGUUUUCCAAGAAAGACUCGAAAAAGAGUAUGGCGCUAAAAUCAUCUUGACAGCUCCAACGGUUCCUUAUAAAGUGAUCUACAAAGACGGAACUGAGAAGAUUGUUUCAAACCCUUCGGACUUUCCAGGUGUCGACAAAAAGCACCAAAAUGUGGAGCUGAUUCAAGAGCCUUUCGUGAAUGCUAUCAUUACCAUUCCAGAUGAAUACGUCGGAACUGUCAUGUCGCUAUGCGAUAAUGCCAGAGGUGUCCAAAAGGAGCUCGAGUACUUGCAAACAGGACAAGUCUUGCUCAAAUACGAGAUUCCAAUGGCACAACUUGUUGAGGAUUUCUUCGGAAAGCUCAAAGGUCUCACGAAAGGAUACGCCUCCUUGGACUACGAGGACGCGGGUUAUCAACCAUCUGAUGUUGUGAAGUUAGAGCUCUGUGUUAAUGGUGAGCCUCAGGAUGCAUUAACACAAAUUAUUCAUAAAUCUCAAUCCCAACAGCGUGGUAGGGAAUAUGUCACUCGCUUCAAAGAAUUUUUAAAAUCACAGCUUUUUGAGGUUGCUAUUCAGGCGAAGGUCCUGAACAAGGUUGUUGCUCGGGAAACAAUCAAAGCCAAGAGAAAAGAUGUGACUCAGCGUCUACACGCUGCUGAUAUCUCGAGAAGAAAAAAAUUGCUAGAGAGGCAAAAGGAGGGAAAGAAACAGAUGAGGGCUACUGGCCGAAUUCAAAUAAACAACGAGGCAUACCAGGCAUUCUUACGUCGUUAG